AUGGGAAAUCAAGUAGGAAUUGAUAUAGGGCCUGUUUAUAUCAGAAUUGCAGUACUAAUUCAAGAAGAGUGUAAUAAUUCUUUAUCAUCUUUUUAUCUCCAAACACAUUUUGGAGUUAUUUAUACCUCUAUUAAGCAAUUCAAUUUUAAUUUCAAUUUUAUUAAUAAAGGCUAAAUUGAUUGUAAAAUAUAAUCAAUUUUCGUAUUUAUUUACCAUAAAAUCGGAAAUAAUAAGCCAAGCUUCAUUUUAAAAUAAAAUUUACAUCUUCUCAUCUUUUAAGCUAAUUAAAUGAUAGUAGCAUAUAUCAAAUUGCAAUAAAUAAAACUAUCGCUACUAGCUUAGAGCUAUUUUAUUGCUUCACAAUAACAGUAUAACUGCUAAUAAUAUGUAUGUUAUAUUCACUGAUAAUUGAUAUAUACUAUUUCAAGCUUCUCAAAGAAGAGUACCGUUCCUUUGAAUCUUUUCCUAUAUAUGAAAAAAUUAUUAAACACAAAAAUAACUAGCAUGUCUUUUGUCAUGAUUUUCCAUUUUCUGAUAUUUCAUCAAUUCCAUUUUGUUACAAUUUUUUUCUAAUCAGCAACUGCCAAAAAAAUUAUUUUUCAGCCAAAUUUCUUCCAACAAAAUUUUUUAUACUCCGAAGAAAUUUCUGUAAGAGAAAAUGUCCCUAGAAAAAGACAAAUAGCCCAAAAAUAUCCCCAUCACUAUCACAGGGAUGAGAUUUGAUGGAAUGCAUCAAACUAUUAGCGACUAUUACGACUUUACAUAUAACUCUGUUGUAACAAGCCAAUGCAUUUCCAAAGCUCUGGAUACUCUCAAUACAUUAUCUCUCAAUAGCUUUUUCUACUAUGGAGGAUCUUGCACCAGAAUUAAUGUUAUCCACCGCGGCCAGCCUGAAAACACCACCAAAAUCCCAAUAUCAUCCAGCAUUUAUCCUUGUUUAAUAGUCAAUGUCAGAGAAGGUCUCAGCAUCUACAAGUUUUCAUCCCCAGACUCUUGUGAAAAAGUAAGCGGAACAAGUAUAGGCUCAUCCACCUUCUGAGGACUCAUAAAACUCUGCACAAACUAUAAAACCCCUGAAGAAGCUAUAGAAGAAGCUGCUUUAGGUGACAAUGGGCAAGCUGAUUUAACUGUUGGGGAUAUCUAUGGAGGAGACUACUCCAACAUCGGCCUAGGAGCUGACAUUAUAGCUUCUUCUUGUGCUAAACUUACGACAAAAAUUGCAAAUCAAAGGGAUUUAGCGAGAUCUUUGUUGGUGAUGUUUGCUUAUAAUUUGACUCUGAUUGCUUAUAUGGUGUCAAAGGUAGAGAUGAUCGAAAAUAUUGUGGUUAUUGGAAAUGCGGUAAGCCCACCUUUGUUUAUGCAUAAGGCGCAGGAAAGUGUGAAUUUUUGGUCAAGAGGAAGUGGGAAAUUGAUUUUCUCAGAAUAUGGAGCGUAUAUGGGAGCUCUUGGAGCUUUACUUCAGAACAAUUAA